GCUUCAGCUUGUGGUUUAUCUCAGAUUGGAGAAGGGUGGUGGGAGGGGGCCAAUUAAAUCUCUAGGUCGAUUGAGAUCUAUUAACCAAGCCUAAUGUUCUUUGCCUCAGUACAAUUAUAGCCACUCAGACAACAAUAUAAACACAUUUUUAGCUUCUUCCUAGUUUUUCAUUCCCAUCGACUUUUUAAAAUGGAGCUUAAGUCCUAAUAAUAUAGUAUAAAGUAGAGGUAACUUUCUUGAUAGAAAGAAUCAUGUGGUUAAUCCAUGAUCGUUGUUGCUACCAGCACAACACUACUGCUUAGUAUCUGUGUUCUUUCUCUGUAAAUUUAGAAAAUAAAUUCUUAAUAAGGCUGGCAAAAAUAUUCCAAAGCAAUCCUCGACGCCGAGGUCCCCAGUGGAACCGGUUUAACAACGGCAAUGAAACGUCUCUAUAAAGUCUAAUAUAUAUAUCGGCUUCAUUCUGGUUUAUUCAAUAAUAUUAAGUGAGAUGAUUCACUGAAUGGAUCGGGGAAGCCCACCUGCCAGUAAACUGCAGUCACACACAGUUAACCUCAAAUGUGGAAGUCUUUCUGGGCCAAUGAAGCGUCUGGAGCUCUGUCAUCCGCAGUCAUUGUCAAAGUUAGCACACAUAAGAACACACUUCAGGUCCCUCCAUCCAGAGACUAACUUAAUAUAAUACAUUUCUUUAAUUUAUCUCUCCGGAAAGAAGAAUUCCAGAUCCACGUCUCGGGCUCAAGGACAGUGAAUUCCAACAGCACAACAAGGCACAGCUGGCCGGCAUCAUUACUCUGUGUGUUGUUGUUGACACGCAGACACCUGGGCAGCGGCGGCAUGUCUCUGCAGCCCCUCACUCCCGUGAACUGCGCCAGCCUCAUCCAACCGGGCUGCACGCUGCUCCAGCUGGACGGGGAUGUCCUGCUCUUCGGCCAGAAGGGCUGGCCCAAGCGCUCGUGUCCCACGGGGGUGUUCGCGGUGCGUCGGAUGCAAGGCAAGCUCAAGCUGAGGGCCAUCUCCUUCUCCAACGACUCCUGCUACAUCCCGCCGCUCCGCUGCCCCGCCGUGGCCCGCAUGGACCCCCGCGACGGCUUCCCCGAGGGCUACCUCAUCCACGGGGGUCGCAACCCCAACAACGACAUCUCGGCCAGCAUGUACCUGCUGACGGUGGACAGCAGGGGGUGCAACCGCAAGCUGACGCUGCGCUGCCGGGAGCAGGAGCUGGCGGGGGAGCUCCCGGGGGCGCGCUACGGCCACAGCCUCAGCGUGGUGCGGAGCCACGGGAAGACGGCGUGCGUCCUGUUUGGGGGGCGGGCCUACAGGCCGGCGGGGGAGCGGACCACGGAGUGCUGGAACAGUGUGGUGGACUGCCCGCCCCAGGUGUUCCUGGUGGACCGGGAGUUCGGCUGCUCCUCGGCACACACCCUGCCGGAGCUCGGCGACGGCCAGUCCUUCCACGUGGCGCUCGCCCGCGAGGACUCGGUCUACUUCCUGGGCGGCCACUCCACCUCCUCCGACGCCCGGCCCCCCCGCCUCGUCCGCCUGCGGGUGGAGCUGCUGCAGGGCGCUCCGGCGCUGUCCUGCGAGACCCUGGACACGGGCUGGUCCUCCACCAGCGCCGUGGUGCUCCGCCCCGGCCCCGCCCACAGGUACAUCAUCCUGGGGGGCUACGGCGCCGACUCGCAGAAGAGGAUGGAGUGCAGCGCGGCGGUGCUGGACGACGACGGGAUCCGCUUCGAGGCGGUAGACGCCCCCGCCUGGACGGCCGACAUCGCCCACAGCCGCACCUGGUUCGGGGGGGCCGCGGGCGGGGGCAGCGCCCUGAUCGGCGUCCCGUCCGAGGGGAAGGCCACCCAGCAGGACGCGCAUCGCUUCUACGAGGUGGGCUUCCGGUCGGAGGAGGAGGGCGAGGAAGAGGAGACGGGGGGCGGGGCUCUGGGCUGCAGCCAGGGGUCCACCGACCUGGAGGAGUCGCCCCCCCUGGAGGACUCGGAGGAGCUGUACUUCGGGAGGGAGCCCCACGAGCUGGAGGACAGCACCGACGGGGAGCAGGACACCUACAACGAGGACGACGAGGAGGACGAGUCCCAGGCCGGCUACUGGAGCCAGUGCUGCACGGGCUGCCAGCUGGACCCCGACACCUGGGAGCCGUACUACUCCACCGAGCUCCACCGGCCCGCCAUGAUCUUCUGCUCCCGGGGGCCGGAGGACGGCCACUGGGUCCACGCGCGCUGCAUGGAGCUGACCGAGAGCCUGCUGCUGCAGCUGUCCUGGGGGAGCACCAAGUACUUCUGUCUGGACCACGGGGGUCUGCCGCGGCAGGAGAUGACCCCGCCACGGAAGGUGCUGCCGAUAAAGCACAGCCCCUUGAAGAGCAGCCAGAAGAAGAAGACCCCCAUGCUGAAGAUGAGCCCGGCCAAGAAGAGCUUCCUCCGGAGGCUGUUCCAGUGACGUCUCCGCCCGUCAGCGGAGGCACUACUGUGGUGGUGGUGGUUGUGGUGGGGUGGGGGGCAGGUGGUGGUGUCAUCAGGGUGCGUUAUCUGCCCACCCAGUCAUCCCCCUCUUCAGAGCAGUUGUUAUGUUUAUCGUGGUUAAGUGUGGAUUCACUUCUGUUUUCAUUCAAACCUGAAUGUUAAUUUUCUGGAUUUACUUUUGUAAUAAAAUGAAUUAAUAAAAUGU